AUGGGCUCUCUAUUUCCACCGCAUCAGUCAACUCAGCUGGUUCACAUACCUAAAAAAGGCCAUUUUCUCAAAUGGUCUUGUCAAAAAACUUCACACCAAGCUAUAUCUUUCCUCAUCUUUCAAAAGAUUACCACUUAUUGCUCUCACAACCGGACGACCAACUUACUCAUUUACCUCUUAAUCAAAGCUAACAAAAGCUUUGCACAGACCCAACGAACCGAUCUUCCAGAUAAUGGUCUACGAUUCUUUCCUCCUGAUGCUGUGAAGACGGUAGCCGGCACUGAACCACUGAAGCCAAGUAUAGUAGAUGAAACUGAUUCUCAACGCAUCGUAUCCAUAGCCAUCGGAUUAUCAAUCCUCUUCUCCUUAUUUGUUAUCAGUCUUGUGAUCUUGAUCUGUAUGUCAAAGAGGAGAAAGAGGAAAGAUAAAGAGAUCUUACGGCGCGCUACAUGGCAAAUCACACCACAGGAGGAUUUCUCAGAGAAGCUUCCAGUGGUCACAGUAGAUAACGCUAAGGCUGUUGAAGAGGCUCCGGUGUCCAAUACCAGUUUUGCAAGACUGAGAGAUAGCACUUUCACGGGCCAACAACGAUUGAUCCGUCAAAAGGAUGCACCUAUAAGUACAUCAGAUCCAGAUUCUAAUGCCGAUUUCUAUUUUGCAAGCUCAAGACCAGUGACUGAAGAGAGUGACAAACCAUUGAGGUCGGAGGCAUCAGAACCGAUAUAUGCAAGGAGAGCUCGCUCCUCAUGGUUUACACAGCCUCCUCUCUCGAAAAUACCGGCUCUUCCUCGUUCCCCUUCAGCACCACCACCUGCGAAAUUGCCACCAGAUUCAUCUCAUCUAAAUCCAAAUCUUCCACCUCUGAUUUACGUACCUGAAGCAUUACCUCCCUCACACGAAAAUCCUGCAGCUGCGAAUUUGGACCUAGAUCCAUCUCAUUUGAAUCCUGCGCCAUCCACACUGCAUCCAUCUCUAGUUCACGCACCUGGGGCAAUGCCUUCCCUAAACUUACAUCCUCCAGCGGCAAAACUAGCCCCAGCUUCGUCUCAUUUGAAUCCAACAGCCCCAACACUUCUUCCACCUUUAGUUCAUGUAACUCAAUCAAUACCUGCCCCGAACUCAAAUCCUCCAGCUACGAAAUUGGCGCAGAAUCCAUCUCAUUUGGCGGCGCGACCUUCAAGUCUUCAUCCCCCUUUACUUGAAUUUCCUGAAGCCUUAUCACCCUUCAAUUUCGAUGUUGGAUCAAGGAAUUCUAGAAUACCACCCCAUUAA